AGGCCGGCCGCGAGCCGAAGCCUUCUCGAUCAACCGAGCAGGUCCACUACCUCGCUCUUCGCCGCAAUCCCCACAUUCAUUCAUUCUUACCGAGAAUCCCCAAAUCCCCAACCCCGACUGACGACGAGUGGAUCUGUUCCGGCGCUUCCUGCCGCCGUCGACCAUGGCGUCUUCCAACUCCGGCGGCAUCCCCAUCAAGGCGGAACAGGAUUCGGAUGGCUCGGCCCAGAGCACAGCUGAUAUGACUGCUUUUGUGCAAAAUCUUCUAGUUCAGAUGCAAACCAGGUUCCAAACUAUGUCAGAGAACAUCAUUACAAAGAUAGAUGAAAUGGGUGCAAGAAUCGAUGAAUUGGAGCUGAGCAUCAAUGACCUCAAGGCUGAAAUGGGCAGCGAUGGUAUGACCCCUACUAAAGUGAAGGACGAAGAAUCAAAGCCAGCAGACAGCUCUGCCUGAUUUAAGCAGAAGUAGCAGAAGCAAGUCGUAUUAGUCUUGGUUCCAUGUCAAUAUCAUCAGCCAUUCAUCACUAACUUAAUGCAUGUUAUGAGAUGUUAUUCGCACUGUUAUAUGCAUUUGAGAUCUACAGUACCUGUCGUGAGAGAUUUCUCUUGAUGCAUUGAUGCUUGCUGAGUGGUUUGCUAUAAAUUUUAGUUCCCAGAAA